AUGUCGCAAGGUCAAGGUGAAAAGGAGAACCCCAUGUGGGAACUUUGCAUCCACAAGCUCUGCCUCAAUAUCUGUGUUGGGGAGAGUGGGGACAGACUGAUCCGGGCAGCCAAGGUGUUGGAGCAGCUCACAGGCCAGACACCUGUCUUUUCCAAAGCUAGGUACACCAUCAGGUCCUUUGGCAUCAGGAGAAAUGAAAAGAUUGAUGUUCACUGUACUGUCCAUGGAGCCAAGGCAGAAGAAAUUCUGGAGAAAGGCCUGAAGGUACGGGAGUAUGAGUUAUGGAAAAAUAACUUCUCAGAUACUGGGAACUUUGGCUUUUGGAUUCAAAAACACAUUGACUUGGGCAUCAAAUAUGAUUCAAGCAUUGAGAUCUAUGUCCUGGAUUUCUAUGUGGUGCUUGGCAGGCCAGGUUUCAGCAUCGCAAACAAGAAGCGCGGAACAUACUAA